GAUAGACAUUGAGGAAUUUAGAUCUCGUGUUUGUAAAUUAAUUUAGCGAUGGCUGAGAAAACAUCAAGCUCUUCACCGAACCUGAUAUGUCCAUUAUGCCUUGAUAUAUUUGUCGAGGCGACAAUCCUGACUUCAUGUGGACACACAUUUUGUAGGCGAUGCCUCAAGAAAUACGAUCUAACCCACCAGGACCUUGAUCACAUGGUCUGUCCUCUCUGCAGGGAGACCACCAAGUUGUCCGCCAACCGUGUCGAUGAUCUCCGCCUCAAUGUCUCCAUCAACGGAUGCGUAGACGAUUACCACGCCAAGUGUGGAGGGAUGAACGCUGUCCUCGAGAUGCGACCAAAAUGUUCUGGUUGCAAGCUUCAAGGAGAUGCUGUCUCAUUCUGCAGAACCUGUAAUAACUACAUAUGUGAUAAAUGUUUGCAAUGUCAUCAAUAUCUGUCAGUCUUUGAAGAUCAUGAGAUGGUAUCCAUGGAUGAUGUCAUCGAAGGGAAGGUCAGCAUUGGUCAUUUAUUCGAGAAGUGUUCCAUCCACAAACAAGAAAACAAAGAUAUGUUUUGUGAGGAUUGUAAGGUCCAUGACUGUCACAAGUGUGUACUUGUUGGUCAUAAAGCUCAUGAAAUCAAGAACCAGGUUGACUUUGAGCAGGAGUUGCGACGGAAGGUGACAGACCUUGCUCAGCGAUGUGCCGACAAGAAAGCAGAGCUGGAGAAAAACAUUCAGAACAUAGAAAUACAACGUCAUGAGGUAAACACUGCUGUACAGGCACUACUAGAUGAUGUCAAGAAAACCUACAGCAUCAAGGCCAAGGAGCUGGAAGAAAAUCUCCGAAAUCUCACCGAGCAAAUACAUGCAUUAAAGCAUAGUUUUGAUGACGACCUCAACAUCUUGAAGUCAAAAGAUCGUCAGAGGAUCAAGAGUAUUUGUAGUUCAAUUACUUUGGUAGAUAAUGACAGACUGGGUCAUCUUGAGACAGACACUCUAUCUGCUCAUAUCUUGCUCUGUGAGGAGCUGGAUGCCAUGCUGAAGGAGGUUACUGAUCACACUUCUGCGGAAGCUAUUAAGAAGAAAGCACAGGAGAAGAGGUUCAAACCAGCAGACGAUACUCGUCUUGACCUCGGGAGCAUCUCAGAAUAUACCGAUCAUUCAUCUACGGCAACCUUUAAGAAGAAAGCACAGGAGAAGAGGUUCAAAGCAGCAGACGACACUCGUCUUGACCUCGGGAGCAUCUCAGGAUCAGAUCCCAAGAUGGAAGUCAUUCAGUGUGUUGAUCUACGGACAUCGAUGCACGGUAUGGCACGCUACUCCCAUAGCACAGUCGCUAUCGGGUAUGGGUGGAAUGCACAAGGUAUUGAUAUCAUUGAUUCAAAUGGUGGAAAGCAGCGAUAUAGUAACAUAUUAGCCUUGAAUGAAAUGAAUUGUUAUGAUCUGAUUUUGCAACGGGACGGGACGUUAUACGUGUCGACUAAUUUUGGAGAAGCAUACAUCUACUCUCCCCUUGGCUCUUGGAAAGUAACAAUCGACGUGAGAAACAGAAGUUUUCUCAGAGUUAACAGAAGACCAUCAGAUGAAAUCAUCAUUACUACCUAUGGAAAACAAGUCUAUAUCUAUGACCAGACAGGAUCCACUCUUAAACACAUUGUUCAAACCAAGCACGAUACGGAGCAGGCAUCUAUCACCGGGACGGGUUUGAUCGUAACGAGUUCAUGUGAUGCCAAUCCAAGCAUGGUGACGGUCUAUGACAGGGAUGGGAAUGCUGGUGAGUCUCUACAAGCUCCAGAUGGUGUCUAUCCGUAUGCUGCCGUGGAUGAACAGGACAGGGUGUAUGUAGCGAGUGUUGAUGAGAAGAAUAGUAGCGUCGUGAUCACGCUUUAUGAUCUUGAUGGUCUGAACCUGAAGGAAAGAGUUGAGUUCAAUGCACUUGAUAUGACAUUGUGUUCGAGUUGGUGUUACUUGGUUUCCCUCUCCCCAGGCAUGCUCGCCUUUGCCUGCUACGAGAAGUUAUAUUUCAUCAAGGUAUCACUGUAAUCCACGUUAUAUCACACCAUGUAGUAUGGGGACUGAUAUGCUUUCACCCUGCAACAAUACAAAUUUACUUUAACACGUGUCGAUAUCCAGUAUUACAUGUAUUACCAUGUGAUAACCUCAUCCAAUGACAAAAUCAGUUAAUGUGAUAUUGAUAGUCUUAAUUACCAUGGUUACUUCUAAUGUACGAGUUAUACAUCUAAAAAAAUGAAUCAAAUUUAUAAACUUAACGUCACACCAGUUUCAUGUGUAUUCUACAUGUAUAUAAUA